ACCUUCCGCUUUAUUCACUUGUAGACUGACCAUCCGUCCGUUCGCACGUGGGCGAGACGACCCUGCCCGCGAGUUCACUCAGCAUUCGAUUCUGAAAUACUCAGUCGCCAGAUUUCGUUCAAUCCGUGACAAAAGAUGAAGAGCUUCGUUUUUCUUGGGAUAGUCGUGGCCACUCUCUGUGCUAGUUUUGGCCUCGAAUUGCCCAGCUUUCUUCAUGUUUGCUCGAGGAAUGAUCCGAACUUGGGCCAAUGCAUAAUAAACAGUGUGUACAAUUUUAUGCCGUACUUGAAGAACGGAUUGCCAGAUUACAAAAUACCAUCUCUGGAACCAUUGUUACUGAAAGAAUUAACAUCCACGUCUGGAGGCAAUAUUAAAUUGAAGCUGAGCAAUGUGAACGUCUACGGAGCCAGUGAUGUCAUUCUAAAGAGAAUAAACGCCAAUAUGCAGAAGUUGAGGUUCAUAAUCGACCUGGAUUUGCCGAAACUGCGAAUCGAAGGCGGUUACAACAUAGACGGUCAAUUAAUUCUGCUACGAAUCCGUGGUGACGGCCCCGUGAACGGGAAUUUCACGAAUUGCAAAGCGUCCGUCAAGCUCCAACUAGAGAAGACGAAGGGCGCCGACGGUGACACGUACUUGAAGGUGUCCACCCUUCAAACGAAGAUCGCCGUAGGAGGCGGGAAGCUGAGAUUGCAAAAUUUGUUUGGUGGCGAUCCAGCUUUGGGCGAAGCUGUGAACGGAGCUAUCAACAGCAACUUCGAUUCUUUCAUACAGGAACUCACACCCGCUCUCGAGAGCGCGAUUUCGAGCACGUUCACACAAAUCGCGGACAGUGUUCUAAGCCAGUUCUCGUACGACACGCUAUUCCCCGACGCGUAGCUCUCAGGUAUUAAAUCGAAGGAUUUGAAAGGAUUGAACGUCACUUUGGUCUAUCUAUAGAUUUUUACAUCUUGAUUCAUCGAACUUUAUUCAAAGUUGUCUAUCUUCUCAAGGGCAAAGGACUUCACCGAUGCAAGAGAAUUGACAUCGUCAGUGAAAAUAGUAUUAUAUAUAAACGAGCACAUAAUCGAUGCUUGAAUAAUUAAAAUCAUAUCUUUUAAAUACAUGAUUCCAAGAGUUGAGUAAAAUGCAGAGAUCUGCUAUCACAUUGGAAGGUACAUGAUUACCACACUUGAGAUUGAAGUGGAAGAUGGAUUUCAUAGAUAGACUUACGUGAUGAUUAGGAUUAAUCACGAGUGCCUCGAUAUCAAACUGCAUUCUGGAACUCAAGUAUUUCCAUGAUAUUACUUGAAUAGAAAAUAAAAUAUGAUACUAUGAUAAAUGUCAAAUUGAUCGAAAAAUUAGAAAUUUACAGAGAAGAUUUCCCACGCGUGUAACGUGACGAUGUGAUUUGAUAAAUUUUCGCUAACGACAUGGAAUUUGACUGUAUUGGUAUUACGAAUAUGUAUUUCUAAUGUUAGCAUUCCAUUAGUUCCUCUGCUUAAGUUUUUUACUUUCUUCCGACUGCUUUAGAAGUGGUCCAUAAAUUGUAAUUUUUCAGAUUAGUUUGUAUUAAUAAAAUGAAAUUUGUACAACA